UGUCAAAUAGAACAGUCUCUAAAAACUAUCGAAGGCACUUGUGGAAUAUACUUGUGAAUCCGCUGAAAAUGAAUUCAAUUAAAUUGUUGGGGUUGAUCUUUGCCGUUUUUGUGAUCGCACUGGUCACAGAUGGGGCAGAACCAACCAAGGAGCAGAAGGAAAUGUGCAUGGCGAUUAGUGAGGAUUGCAGAAAAUCCAACGGUGCAACCGAAGAGGACGGAAAUAAUUUGUGCUCUGGAAAGAUGCCAGAAACUAAAACUGCAAAAUGCACAGCCUCUUGCGUUAUGAAACAAUUCAAACUGGCUAAAAAAAAUGGUGCCAAUCUUGAAGCUGACUGUGAUGUCAUGGCGCAAUUAGCUGAAGCAAAGGGUGCCAAUGCAACAACAAUCGCUGCAAUUAAGGAUAUUUGCGGAAAAUGCAAGGCUCCUGGUACACCUGAUGA